AUGGAUUUAACCUGGUCUUUAGGCCGAAUCGAUGAUAUGCUUAACGUGAGUGGCCAUCUUUUGAGUACCUCAGAAGUCGAGUCUGCACUAAUGACUCACCCGAGUGUUGCAGAGGCGGCUGCCGUGGCCAGGCCACAUGCCACCAAAGGUGAAUGCAUACACUGCUUUGUCGUGCUCAAGUCAGCUCUAGUCAUUCCGUCGUCAGCGUCAACCCCAGCAUCACUAUCUGUGAUUUCAGAUAUGUCUGCUUCAGGAUUCUCCGAAUCAUCAUUGUCGUCAGUGCUUCAAAAAAGUACUCACGAAACAAAUCCAGUCGGUGUUGGUGGACCUGAUCUCGUCGAUAAGCCAUGUGAUACAGUCCUCAGGACAUCAGUAGCCAUGAGUAAUGGGUUGGAGGUGUUUGACAAGGUAACCACUUCACAUAAUUUGAUGGACGUUUGGGAAAAUGAAUCAGGUGGUCUGCCCAGCCAGCUUCGCAAUGAAUUAGUCUCAAUAGUUCGAAGUAAAAUAGGACCAUUUGCAACACCAGACCAUGUUCAGCGAGCUGAUGCCCUGCCAAAGACACGCAGUGGGAAGUUGAUCCGGCGCUUUCUGCGUCAAAUAGCGAAUCAUGAAGAAAUUUGCGGAGACAAGAGUUCUUUGGCUGAUCCUCUAUGCUUGGACAAAUUGAUUGCCCUGUCCCGUCUUACCUGA